UGCGGUAGCUGCAAAGGAUGCAGCUCCAUCAGGAGACGACGGUACUUGCUUCCGACCACAGCAGGCGAUGCGCUUGAUGUCGACAAGCAAGGCGGCUGUAUCUGCUUGGGGAUCUAUAUAAAGCACUAUAUCCUUCCCUUGCAAACAGCGCUGACAAGUCGCUUCCUCAACCAACACCCUCGUUCCAUUCUUGCCUAUACCUUUUUACAGAUACAGUCACCCACCUUCACACACACUACACUACCUUGAUUCAGGAUGUUGGCCCAAGCAGUUCUUCUCUUCAGCCUCAUCCCUUCCUUCCUGGCAGCACCCCUCGUUCCUCGCCAGGAAUCAAACGCUGCGCUCCAGAGCGCCGCGCUGGCCUGGCAAGCCGAUACAGGCGUCGUGUCAGCGUUUCUGUCAGAAGCGGCUUCCCUGAGCGGCUCAGCACUGACAGCGGCGGCUCAGAACGCCCUGAACCACGAAAAUGACGAACUCAUCCACAAAGCGGUCCUCGACGCCGAGUUUCUGAACGUCGCUCAUCCGAAGCUGCUGGUUGUGGCGGCAAAUGCUGUCCUGGUCAACGCAGGGACAUUCUCAUAUGUCGUCAACGGCCUGACCCUCCUGGCUAACAGCGGAGCAUCAUACACCAAAGCUCAGAUCGAGGCAGAAGUCCUCAAAAUCAACUUGGACCGAUGUAACUUGGUCUUGCCUUCCAUCGACACCUACUUCGCCGUCACUGCGACAUAUCUCAAAGAGGCCGAUUUCAAGGCCAUUCGACCUAACAACUGCCCUCUCUGAACAAAUCGCAUAUACUCUGGAUCAAUCUGGGGGGGAAAGUUAGAUUUCAACUACUGAAUGUCGGUAAUGGCGCUUGAGCUUUGAUUUUACGCAUGGUCGGGCAUAACAUAUAGCGAUUGCUCUUAUUGAUCUCGCGCAGAAGAAUGGAGCAUAUAGCCGAUGUCAAAAAGUCCUACUGUGAUACAUUUACAAGAAUGUCUGAC